CUUUGUAUUUAUUUAUUUAUGUAUUUAUUUAUUUCCCUACUUGCUUACUAACUUAUUUGUACUAUGCCUGUUACAGGAUGCCACGAUCGAGAGUUAGGUCUACAAAUAGGGGAGUGCCACCAGAGGACUUAGAGAGGGCUUCCAGGUCUAUUGAGUCAGGAUUGUCAUACAGGAAGGUCGCUGAGAUCUUUGGCAUACCGCUUUCUACAUUGGGCCGCUACAUGAGGAAGAAAGGGACAAUGGCAGCGCAGGGAGUAACAGGGCGUCCCUCAGUAGGCUACAGGGAGUGCAAUGCUGUGUUUACAGUACAGCAGGAGCAGAGCCUGGUAGCCUAUGUCAAGAAGGCUGCGGCGAUGUAUUAUGGUUUACCGCCAAAAGAGGUCCGCAAACUUGCCUUUGAGGUUGCCAAGACGUACAACAUAAAGAUCCCGGAUAAGUGGAAUGAGAAGUCCAUGGCCAGUGCCAGCUGGUUCACAAAUUUUAUGAAGAGGCAUCACAAGCUGUCGAUCAGAAGGCCCCAGGCAACCAGCCUUUACAGGCAGAGUAGCUUUAAUGAAACGAAUGUGAACAAGUUCUUCACCAAGCUCACAUCAGUGUACAGCAAGUACCAGUUUCAGCCACAGGAUGUCUGGAAUAUGGACGAAACCGGACUCAUGACAGUCCAGAAGCCAGGCCACCUUGUGGCAACGAGAGGGGAACGCCGGGUGGGGAGCAUCACCUCGGCAGAGAGGGGAACCCUCGUGACGAUGGCACUGGCCUGCAAUGCCAUGGGGAACAUCAUCCCACCCCACUUCAUUUUCCCCCGGAAAAGGUUUUUGCCCCAUUUUGUGCUGGGUGGUCCUGAGGGGUGCCUUGGCACAGCCAAUGGGAGUGGGUGGAUGCAGGAGGAGGAUUUCUUGACUUACCUCAGGCACUUUGUGCAUCAUACAAGGGCGUCGGCGGAGAAAAAAGUCCUCCUCCUGCUGGACAAUCAUUCCUCCCACAUUUCAACGGCCGCAAUCAACUACUGCAGAGAGAAUGGGGUGGUCAUGCUGUCCUUUCCACCCCAUUGCACACACCACCUGCAACCCCUUGAUAAGGCAGUGUAUGGGCCAUUGAAGAGGCUGCUUGCAAGUGAGAUGGACCAGUGGCACCGUCACCACCCCGGCAAAACUGUGACAAUCUACGACAUGCCAUCGCUGCUGAACACCAUCCUGCUGGAGGCGGCAUCCCCAAGAAACAUCUUGAAGGGGUUCAGCAGCACGGGGAUUUGGCCGCUGAACAAAGACAUUUUCCCAGCUGAUGUCUUCCUCCCAGCCUCGGUGACAGACAGACCCCCUCCAGUCAUCCCUGGGCCAUCCCAUGACGACCCCUCUCUCUCUCUCCCUGGGCCAUCCAACACUGACCCCUCUGUGAUGUGCAGCGCGGAUCUCUCUCUCUCCAUCGCCGGCCCAUCCAACGCCGACCCCUCUCUCUCCCUCGCCGGCCCAUCCAACGCCGACCCCUCUCUCUCUCUCGCCGGCCCAUCCAACGCCGACCCCUCUCUCUCCCUCGCCGGCCCAUCCAACGCCGACCCCCCUGUGAUGCGCCGCGCCGACCCCUCUCUUUCUCUCGCCAAGCCAUCCGCCGACCUCUCUCUCUCUCUCUCGCCGGCCCAUCCAAUGCGGAUCUCUCUCUCUCCCUCCCUGGGCCUGCUGCCGAUGUGUCAUCACAGCUUCUUGACGGCUCCCUCACCCUUGUGUUCCCAGAAUUCCCAGACUUGGAGUUGGUGACCAUUCUUUUGGGGGAACCUGAAGAAGUUGUCGUCACUACUGAGGAAAAUUAAUUUUCACCCGAGAAUGUCAUGCCCUUUCCACCUGCUGGCCCGAGGAAAGCGAGCAGCAGCAGGAGGAAGAGGAACACAGAGAUCCUCACAGACACUCCAGUAAAGGAGGCUAUGGAGGAGAAGAAGGCUGCACCAAAAAAGGUGAAGCGCAACCAACAUGAAGGAGAUAAAAAAUUUGAGGGAAGGUGGGGAAACAAAAAACAUAUGAGGAUACUCAAUGCCUUGUGUGCUCGGAAUGGUUUUCUGAUUCAAGACCAGGAGAGGAUUGGACGGCCUGCUCUGUUUGCUGUAUGUGGUCCCACACUGCGUGUACCCCUGGUGGUGCUAGUAGUUCCAUGUACACAUGCCACCAUUGUGAGUAGGGCUAACAUGUAUGUAUCUUUGGAAAAAAAAUUACGUAACAAACUUUACAAUUGAAAUAGAUUUUAAAUAUUGAAUACCCAGCUUUUAACCUGACAUGAUGGUUCCUAAAUAUUUGUUAUUAUAUUUGUUACAAGUUUGUUGUUAUUAUAUUUGUUAUAAGUUAUUUGUUUAACCAGUUUUUUAAUAUUAUAUGAUGACAUUGAUGAGUUGAAAAAAUUAAUAAAUGUAGCCUAGGCUAAGCUUAAAAAGUGGAUGUUUGUUGUUUGCUUUACCCUGCUAUUAAUAGAUGGUGUGAUGUAAAUGACAUUGAUUAUAGACUUAUGGAUUGUAGUCUAUGGUAUUUUAACCUAAUACAUUAGAAAAACACAUGAACACAUAAUUAUUUCAAUGAUUUAAAUACAAAGACAAAGACUGCAAAGACUGGCAUGUCACAUUUCCAGUGUUUUCAAUGGAGUCUCAACUGUACCCGCGACUGUCUCAACUGUACCCUACCAUUUUUCAGCGAGGGUACAGUUGAGACAAAAGUGCACUUUUUUUAUUUGAUUGAUUGCAUAAAAAUUAGACACCUUCAAGAUAUAAAUCCUUGGUUAUAUUUUGGCACACACCCUGAAAAUAUGUUAAGUCUAAAAUAAUUUCUUUUUUGGUGUCUUUUAAUAGUCUAAUUUGUGUGAGGAAGCUGGUAAAAGUAAACGUGUAUCCAACUGU